GUGCAAGUAUCUAACCUUUUUUUUGUAUUUACGCAGCCAUAUGACGACAAUUUGUAUUUUGAUCCCUCGGUUUUGGAUAAAAAGGAAUAUGAAGAUUUCUCUCACUUCUUCCAAGUUGAUAUUGUGUUCGGCAGUAGGGAAGAAUUAAUCAACUGGGCGAAAGAAACUGCAGUUAGUCAUUGUCACCGUUUGAUUUGUCAGUCUAGAAGGGAGAAUGCACAGUACAUGACGUGUGACAAAUACGGACAUGGCCGACAAACGAAUAUCGAUGUGGAAGAUCCUAGAAACUCAGGAACAAAAAAAUGUGGUUGUCCGUUCAAAUUGAUUGGCAAAAGGUCAAGGUUUGAUGAAUUAUGGCGGUUGACUGUCAGCGAUGGCAGGCAUAGUCAUCGUCCGACUUUGUUUCCUCACGGACAAGGUACGACUAGUCGUAUAACUCCACAACAGAAAGCAAGAAUUAAAGAAUUGCGAAAUUCUCACGUGAAGCCAAUGCUGAUCAUGGAUAGACUGAGAAAAGAUGAUCCGACGAUACAAACCUCUAUGAAGCAUGUUUACAAUGAGUUGGCCAAGAUUAAAUCUGAGGAAAUGGAGGGCAUGACUGUUAUUCAGUUUAUGAUGCAUAACUUUCAAAAAGGCGAGUAUCGAUAUUGGCAUCGCGUCGAUAGUGAAACGAGCAACACGAUUACAGAUAUUAUGUUUGCAUGUCCCGAAUCUAUUAAGUUAUUACGGUUGUUCCCGUAUGUUAUAUUGAUGGACUGCACAUACAAAACCAAUAAGUAAGUAAAAAUUACGAUUGUUCAAAUUAUGAUUAUUGUGUUUUAAUGUCUUGUAUUGUUUAAAUAUGUAAAAACAACAUUGUUGUAGGUAUGGAAUGCCUCUUUUGGAAAUAAUUGGGAUAACUCCAGUUGGGAGGAAUUAUACAAUUGCUGUUGCAUUUAUGUCGCAUGAAGAUGCAGACACCUACGAGUGGACUUUGAAUUGUUUGAAAGAGUUGCUAGAUGGUGUCGAACCUGAUGCGAUCUUGACAGACAGAGAGUUGGGUCUUUUGAAAGCACUGCCAAAUGUCUUCCCAUUUUCGUAUCAUAUGUUGUGUAUAUUCCAUAUAAACAGAAAUGUUGAGGCAAAUGCGACGAAAUUUAUGGGAGGCAACAAGGACCAAGGUCUAAUAUUCCGACGUGUGCUGUGGGCUAAGCUGGUGAAAUCAGAAACCGAAGAAGAGUAUCAUUACAAUUACAAUGAAAUUGUUGGACGGUAUGCAGGGUAUCCUAGGCUGAUACAGUAUUUGAAUGAUACGUGGUUGAUAUACAAGGAGAAGUUUGUUCGUGCCUAUACUCGCAAUGUGUAUCAUUUUGGCAACACGAGCACCAACAGGUAUUACAUGUUUUAGUUAUUUAAAUGAUAAAAGAUAUUAUAUAAAAAUAAUAUUUAUUUUGUAAUUUGAUUGUCGUUGUAUGCUCUGAUUGUUGUUGUAAUUGGAUAGGGUGGAGAGCGCUCAUUCUUCAGCGAAGGGUUGGUUAAAUGCUUCGACCGGAGGUCUGGAUAACGUGCAAGGCAAACUUCGGGACCAAGUUUAUAUCCAAAUUAGUGAGCUGAAGUGCGAUUUUUCAUUAUCAUCCAAGAUAAGGAAGCAUACUGCAGCAUGGCCGUGUUUUCAGGGUUUGAUUUGUUAUGUUACGCAUCUGGCAUUAGAGAAAUUGGAUGAAGAGAUGGAGUCCCCGGCGAUGCAAGAUCCGAGUAUUUGCACACACUAUCUUUGGAAUACUCAUGGGCUCCCAUGCGCGUGCAAAAUUGUGCAGAAAAUGGAAGAUAAUGACACGUUCGUCAUUUCAGACUUGCAUCCAUUCUGGAGUACCAUGGCAGUUGAGCCUUCGGAGCUACCUGAGUAUCAAGUAAACCGCGAGGAGAUUGUGGAUA